GAACUCCGAACCACCCACAUGCCACGACAGUCUUUAUCAGUUUAAGUGCCUGCCUGGUGCGGAAGUUGAUUCUUGGGACUCUCCUCUCCUUCCUCAUUCAGUCUACCUAAUCCAGCCCAUCCGCCCGGGCCAUCCCGCUCGCUUUUGUUGAUCAAGAAAAUACAAAUACUCCAGUCUCUGCUUCUUCUGCUGCAUCCGGUCAGCCAACCCAGUUCAGCUUUUCAUUCCCAUUCUCCUCCCUACUUCGGAGCCAGGUCCUCCCCCACAUACUCCGUCCCGGCGACAUCAGAGAGCUCAGCAUGGCCGUCCUCUCGAACUUGAUUGUGGCGCUGGCCGCCGGCACUGCCCUUGGCACUGCGAUCCCGCCACGCAUCGGCACCGUCACCAACGCCCGGGCAGCGAGCGGCUAUUCCAUCCAGCAAGUCCAUAAUCCGAGCUACACCCGCCACGGGCCGACCGAGCUCUUCAAGGCGUAUCGCAAGCAUGGCGGCACCAUCUCGGACGGCCUCCAUGCUGCCGUGCACAACGCCACGAGGGUAACGGCGGCCGCUGCCGCCUCCGGCACGGGAAGUGCAGCCACUACCCCCCAGGAUGGUGAUGCCGAGUACUUGACUCCGGUGAGCAUCGGCACGCCCGCGCAGGUCCUCAACCUGGACUUCGACACGGGAUCCAGCGACCUGUGGGUCUUCAGCACGGAGACGGCCAGCCGUGAGGUGGCAGGCCAGAAGCUGUACAACCCGUCCAGCAGCAGCUCGGCCAAGAGGAUGUCGGGCGCGACGUGGAAGAUCUCGUACGGCGACGGCAGCUCGUCCAGCGGCGACGUGUUCACCGACGUGGUUAGCAUCGGCGGCCUGACGGUCAAGAGCCAGGCGGUCGAAUCGGCCAAGCAGGUGUCGAGCGAGUUCACCCAGGACACGGCCAGCUCCGGCCUGCUGGGUCUCGCCUUCAGCACGCUCAACACGGUCCAGCCGACGCAGCAAAAGACCUUCUUCGACAACGCGGCCAGCUCGCUCAGCCAGAAGGUCUUCACGGCCGACCUAAAACACAACGCGCCGGGGACGUACAACUUCGGCUUCAUCGACAGCUCACUGCACACGGGCAGUAUCGCCUACACGCCCGUCGACAGCAGCCAGGGCUUCUGGGGCUUCACCGCGUCGGGCUACGCCGUCGGCUCCGGCGCCGUCAACAGGCAGAGCAUCUCGGGCAUCGCCGACACGGGCACCACGCUGCUGCUGCUCCCGGACAGCGUCGUGCGCGCCUACUACAGCCAGGUGCGCGGCGCCCAGAACGCCCAGGAGGUUGGCGGCUACGUGUUCCCGUGCUCGGCCGCGACGCCCGACUUCAAGUUUGCUGUCGCGGGGACUACCAUUACGGUUCCCGGCAAGUUCAUCAACUUCGAGCCUGUUGAUGAGGCCGGCGAGACGUGCUUUGGCGGGCUGCAGAGCUCCGGGGAUAUCGGGAUUAAUAUCUUUGGUGAUGUCGCGCUCAAGUCGGCUUUUGUGGUGUUUGACGGCGAGAAUAACCGGCUCGGGUGGGCGACCAAGCCUCUGUGAGAGCGGUUCUGCGCGCGUGGUAGCUUUUAGUGUGUAGCCUUUGUCAACUUGAAUAUCACUUGAACUUCGAG